AAGUUUAGUUUUGAUUUGUAUUCUCAUCUUCCCAGUCUACUGCUGCAACGAGAAACCGGAGGCGUCAUGUCCGGCUUGGUGAAGAGCGAUUCGGAGGACUUUAUCGACUGGUGGCAGCACACGGUCUUCUAUCAGAUCUACCCGAGGUCCUUCAAGGACAGCAACGGCGAUGGCAUUGGCGAUCUGAGAGGGAUUACCUCCCAGCUGCAGUAUCUGGCCGAUACUGGCAUUUCCGCCACCUGGCUGAGUCCCAUUUUUCAGUCGCCCAUGGUUGACUUUGGUUACGAUAUUUCGGACUACAAGGCUAUCCAACCGGAGUAUGGUACCAUGCAGGACUUUGAGGAGCUCAUCGACACCGCCUACAAUUUGGGCAUCAAGGUUGUUCUGGACUUUGUCCCAAACCACAGCUCGGAUAAGCACGAGUGGUUCCUAAAAUCUGCUGCCAAGGAGCCGGGCUUCGAGGACUUCUAUGUGUGGCACGAAGGAGUCCUGGAGGACAACGGCACUCGAUCGCCGCCAAACAACUGGCAGUCCGUGUUCUACGGAUCCGCCUGGGAGUGGCACGAGGGGCGGCAACAGUACUACUUGCAUCAGUUUACCAAAGAGCAGCCCGACCUGAACUUCCGGAACCCAAAAGUGGUCCAGGCAAUGGACAACGUGAUGCUCUUCUGGCUAAACAAGGGGGUGGCUGGCUUCCGCAUUGACGCCGUGAAUCACUUGUUCGAGGACGAGUCGCUGCAGGACGAGCCACUCAGUGCCAAGACCCAGGAUCCAUUGUCGUACGACUACACCCGACACAUUUACACCAAGGAUCUUCCCGAGGUGCUGCAAAUGGUGCAGCACUGGCGGAAGCUGUUGGAUGACUUUAGUGCCAAACACCCGGAGGGGCCCACUCGCAUCAUGAUGACGGAGGCCUACGCCGGACUCACCCAGCUGGCGGACUACUAUGAGGACGCAAACGGGACGAAGGGCUCCCAUCUGCCCUUCAACUUCCAUUUCAUCACGGAUGUCAAAGGGGACUCGGAUGCGCGUGACUAUGUUUACAAUGUGGAGAAGUGGCUGAUCUACAUGCCGCGCGGGCAUGCGGCCAACUGGGUCAUGGGCAACCACGACAAUCCCCGCGUGGCCUCCCGCUUUGGUCCCGCCAGCGUGGACGCCAUAAACAUGCUGCUCCUCACCCUGCCCGGCGUGGCUGUCACCUAUAACGGCGAGGAGCUGGGCAUGGAAGACUACCGUGAAAUUAGCUGGCAGGAUACUGUGGAUCCACCGGCCAAAAAUGUUGGAGAAGAGCUAUACCAGGAGGUCUCCAGGGAUCCGGAACGAACGCCGUUUCAGUGGAGUAGCCAAAAAAAUGCAGGGUUUUCCGAUUCGCCAAAAACCUGGCUGCCAGUUCAUCCCAACUACCUGGAACUCAACUUGGAGGCCCAGAAGUCGGCCAACAAAAGCCAUUAUAAGGUAUACACUGAUUUAAUUGAACUGAGGAAGUCGGCAAUUAUGCGACUGGGACGAUUUAACAUCGAGCCCCUAUCACGUUGGGUGUUUGCUUUCAAGCGAGAAUAUCCUAAUUUUGAAUCGAUAAUAACCAUUAUAAAUGUAAGUGACGAGGAGCAGCUGGUGGAUCUCUCAGAGUUCCUCAGCCAGGCCAAGAAAUUGGUUGUGGAAAUAUGUGGAGUGGACUCCAAGUACAAAUAUGGCCAAUCCCUGGCCGCUAGUGCAUUGCUCCUGGCCGCCCGCGAAGGACUCGUCUGCAGGCUCGUCUAGCCAGAAUUGGAUUAGAGGAAUUACCAGCUGAUGGCGGCAAACUUUCCUCUUUAAUUGCAUUUCCAGUUCAAAAUGUCACGCGAUUGAAUACAAAAUGGGCGAAAAUUAAUGACUCUUCA